AUGGUUAUUGUUGGAAAUCGUUCGAGAGUGUGCUGCACACUCUUAGCCUUGGAGGGGUGGGAGAGGGCAAUUUUCACCUGCGCAUCCGGAGGCCGCCAGACCCGAAGCUCGGUUCUUCCCACGACCGUGGUGCCUGUCAAGGAGAGCCGCGUGACCCGCAAGGCGCUGGAUCAGUCCAGCCGAUAUGCCGACCUGUCUCUUGAUGAGGCCACGUUGGUCAA